UGGAUGUUUAUAUCUGAGGGCAAAAUCAGCAGCAGAAAUUAGAAUGUAAGCUCUUGGAUUGAGUGAAACAGGUGGCUACCGGCAGCUGCAUGGCAUAUGCCACCGCGGCACAGAAAGCGAACGAUUCACCUGAUACCGCCACUGCGCGGCCGACGACAGACGGAAACAGAGACUUUUCAUCGGCCGCCCUGGACACCAUGGCAGCCGCCUCCUGGGGAGCACUAACUUUUGCAAACCAUUAAGGAGAUCAUUCGGCAGUGAUCCCAUCACAAGACUGGCGAAACGCAAAACAGGGUUAGACUGGCACAACAUCGCCCGCAGAUGCCACAUGGAGAAGGCGGAGACCGGAGAUGGCAGCGAUGGCGGGCACAGGGUCCGGUGUGCGGUACAACUGUAAGGGUGCGGUGAUGAUACAAGAUUAAUGGCGCUGCCGGACCAUGAGCAGGAAUCAUUGGCGCAGGCGGUGAAGGCUCAGUACGCGGGCGGACACUCACCUGACGUGGGGCACAUGGUGGUCUCCGGAGCAGCGGGCGCGGAUGUAUCACUGCCGCCAGCGCCGCCUCGGGUUUAUUUACACUGAGCGAUAAAUAAUUCACGGGGCCCCCGAGGGACACAGCAGAGAGCGAGGCGGGGGCAGGUGCCUGGUGAGAGGGCGGCAGCCAGAUCCGUUGUACACGGUAUCCAGUGAGAAGGACCAUGCUCAGACCGCGCUCAGAGCGCACGUGUCACAUGACCGGGUGGAAAAAGUUCCAGAGUUCCCCACAAUGUUCAGUGACUUGGUGCAUCAGCCGCCCUUCACCCUGCGCCUGCAGCUCAGAGACCCCGUCCCCCAAUUCAUCAAUCGACAGUGGAGGGGACGGGAGGAGCAGAGACUGAACGCCCUGCGCCGGCUGAAUGUAUCCCAGGCGUUGUCGUCCUUCUCCGACGCUGAUAACGGAGACGUCUCUGGUAGGAACAGAUACAAGUUUUUUGAAAGGCCGCUCAUCCCCUUUGCUCAGCAGACUGCGCCCAACGUGCUCCUGGCGGACUACAGCAGGGCGGAGGACACCCCUCGGCCGCAGAGGGCGGUCACACCCCUGGUGCGCACAGUGGGCGUCCAGACGGACUUCCGGGACAGCGAGGCGCAGACCGACCCCUACAGUCCAGAGUUUGUGGUGCAGCCGGGGUCGGUGCCGGAGGUCCUGAUGCUGGCGAACCUCACAUGGGGACGCGGGCUCCCGGCUGGACUGGCCGAGGUGGAGAUGAUUGAGCGGGCGCGGGAGAAGCGAGCCUGGGAGGCCACCCUGCCCCCACUGAGCGACUCCUCCCAGCUGGAGAAGAGGAGGAAGAUGAUGGACGAGCAGGAGAGGAAGGAGUGGGCCUUCAGGGAGCAGGAGAUUGAGAAGUUACAGGCGGCGCGGCUGGAGGUGCUCAGGAAACUUCUCCAGAAACGGAAGGAAACCCAGAAGGAAAUGGACACGAAGAGACUGGACGCCAAGUGGACGAAACUGCAGCGAGACAAGGAGGAGCUCGCGGAGCGUAUCCGGAAAGAGCACGUCAGAGCCAUCAGGAAGUUGUCCCAGCAGAUGGGGAACAUAGAGAAGAAGCUGGAGAGACGUGAUGUGAUCGGGGACUACACGGACUACUCCUCCCAGGCGUACGCUCCGCUCUCUCGCAUCGGUUACUUUCCGGACAAACUUUCGCAGCAGUUUAUGGUGAAGAGCCCCUUCCUGAACUCCUACCAAGGGUUGCUGGACCUGGAGGAGAAUCUCCCCGACUUUGUAACCCAGCCACGCAUCCGCGCCCCAAAACCCAGAAGCACCACCAAGGAUGGAUUCCUGAGACGCCAGGCCCUGCUGGAGCGCCAAAUGCAGCAUGUCCAUGAGGCUCUGCUGGAAAAGAAGAACAAAUCACAGCAAGCAGAAAAGCCCCUGCGCUUCCUGCAGAAGAUAGAGAAGCCGGCCCCCCGUCCUGCCACCCCCAGAGUGCCAGAGCCCCCUGAGGGCGACGAGGAGAAGGAACUGGCUGUGAUCUUCUUACAGAAGCUGAUACGAGGACGCGCGGUGCAGAACAUGAUAUUUGAAGGGAAGGAGAAGCAUCUGGAGCUGAUCCGGGAGCUGCGCACGACCCACGCCCUGCAGGAGGAGGGGCAGCUGCUGAAGAAGGAGGAGAAGGAGGCAACACUCGCCCUUCAGAGACAGCGGGAGCUCAGCGAGCACAAGUGCUCUGCAGAAGAGGAGCAGCUGUCACGGCUGGAGGGAGAGGUGCUCUCAGACAUGUUUGACUUCCUCUCCAAGGAGCUGGUCAGGCUCCAGGAAGAGCGCAGGAUUCAUGCCUUUGCUAUGCUUGCUGAGCGCCAUCGACGCAUCCGAGAAGCAGAAGAGAGUGGGCGGAGACAGGUGGAGGAGCGGCGGAGGCGGGAAGAGGAUGAAAUCUUCAGACAGGUUGUUAACAUUCAUCAGAGUACUUUGGACUCAUACCUGGAAGACGUCAUCCUCAGCACUGCCGUCCACACUGCAGAAGAUCAGGCCAGAGAGGAGAUCCAGAGGAAAGCACAGGAGAUCAAUGACAUUGCUUAUCAGAUGGAGACCAGCCGCACCCGUCUUCAGUCGGAGGAGAUUGUGGCAGAGCUGGUUUACAGUUUCCUUAUUCCUGAGAUCCAGAAGAAGAGCGUCAGAGAGAGAGUGAGGAGCUCUCAGCGGAGACAUCUCCAGGCCGCACACCGCGUGAUCCACAGAGAUACCGAGACUCUACUGAGUGAGACUGCUGCCCCCGAACAACUCCCGGCUGAGAGGAACAGCAGAGUCGGAGAGAGCGACUCAUGA